AUGUCGCUGGCUGCAGCAUCACACAGGGCACUGCUUGUGCAAUAUGCCGUUGGUUCCCUAGAAGGACAAAUGUUCCGGAAAACAGGGAAGCUGGUUCCUCUGAGUGAACAGAACCUCAUGGACUGCUCCAGGUCUCAGCACAACAAUGGCUGCCAUGGUGGCUUGUUUACCAGUGCCUUCCAGUACAUAAAGGACAAUGGAGGCUUGGAUACCAGUGAGUCCUAUCCUUAUGAAGCAAAAAAUGGACCAUGCAGGUAUGAUCCUAAGUUCUCUGCUGCUAAUGUCACCAGCUUUGUGGUAGUCCCGUCUAACGAGGAUGCCCUUAUGAAGGCUGUAGCCACCGUGGGGCCCAUCUCCAUUGGAAUUAGUAGUCGGCUUCGUUCCCUCCUAUUCUAUAAGAGUGGCUUGUAUUAUGAUCCAGAUUGUUAUAAUCAUUUCCCAAACCACUCUGUCCUGUUGGUUGGCUAUGGUGAAGAAUCAAAUGGUCAGAAAUACUGGCUGGUCAAAAGCAGCUGGGGUGAAGAAUGGGGCAUGGAUGGCUACAUAAAGAUGGCCAAAGAUAGGAACAACCACUGUUCAAUCGCUACAAUAGCCGCUUACCCUAUUGUGUGAGCUUCUGGACAGCAAGAAGGAUGGAG